AUGCCCUGGGCACGCUUUAUUCGCGGCGUGCUGACCCAGCCCCGGCACACAAAAUGGAUUGCUCCCCUCUUAGUCCUGGGCGAUGCGCUCUUUUGCGCUCUAGUCAUAUGGAAGAUCUCCUAUACAGAAAUCGACUGGACAACAUAUAUGCAGCAAAUUUCCUUAUACCUCUCUGGUGAACGCGAUUACCCCUCGAUCAAAGGCUCAACGGGGCCGCUCGUAUAUCCCGCCGCUCAUGUCUACGUCUACACACUCCUGUACAACUUAACCGACCAAGGGCGCGACAUCCUUGGCGGACAGAUUAUCUUUGCAGGCAUUUAUCUGUCUUCAUUGAUUCUUGUGUUUGGAUGCUAUCGAAAAGUCGGCGCUCCGCCGUAUCUCUUCCCACUUUUGGUGCUGUCCAAACGGCUGCAUAGCAUCUUUAUGCUGCGCAUGUUCAAUGAUGGAAUCGCUGCUUUUGCUAUGUGGCUCGCUAUAUACCUCUUUCUUCGACGGCAGUGGACUCUGGGAGUUGUGGCGUGGACAUUGGGUGUCGGUGUUAAAAUGACGCUUGUGUUGCUUGCGCCAGCUAUUGCUAUCGUUUCUUUAUUGAGCGUGGGUCUUGGUCGAAGCUUUGCCCUUGGAGGCACUGCCUUCCUUGUCCAGUUCUAUAUUGCUUUGCCCUUUGUCAAAACCAACGCAGUCGGUUACUUGUCGCGGGCAUUUGAGCUAUCUCGCCAGUUCAUGUUCAAGUGGACAGUCAAUUGGCGAUUUGUAGGUGAAGGAACGUUUCUCUCGAGGGAAUUUUCUGUGGCCUUGUUGCUGCUGCAUGUUUCUAUUCUAGCCCUCUUCUCUAUUGGUUGGGUAAAGCCAUCCGGAACUAAUGUCUUCCGCUUCCUCCAAGACGCUAUUCUGGGCCGCCUGCAACCUGUGACACUUUCGAGUUCUUUCAUUAUGACAGUCAUUUUGAGCUCCUUGGCCGUUGGCAUGUUGUGUGCUAGAUCGUUGCAUUACCAGUUCUUCGCUUAUCUGGCAUGGGCCUCUCCGUUCCUCCUGUGGCGCACCGGUCUUCAUCCCAUUCUGAUAUAUGCCGUAUGGGCGUUACAGGAGUGGGCCUGGAAUGUAUACCCCAGCACGAAUGCCAGCUCGGCCGUCGUGGUCUUGUCGCUUGCGGUGCAGGUAUUCGGGGUACUGAUAGGGGAAAACGGCGAUGAAGAUACCAAAUGA